AUGGCGCCACCCGACUCCCAAACGCUAGAGACCGCAACAACAGCCGUCCAAACCGGCGCACCCGACGCCAAGACACGGCGCUACGACCGCCAACUGCGUCUCUGGGCCGCAACAGGCCAAUCCGCGCUCGAAUCCUCCCGCGUAUUAGUGAUCGGCGCCACCGCCACAUCAACCUCCAUCCUCAAGAACCUCGUUCUGCCCGGAAUAGGCCACUUCACUGUGCUCGAUCCAUUGGACGUAUCAGGCGCAGACGCAGGAAAUAAUUUCUUCCUCGAUGGGCCCAGCUCGAUCGGGAAGAACCGCGCGCAGGAGGCUGUACCGCUCUUACUUGAGCUGAACGAUGGAGUUGAGGGCAAGGCGGAUACGAGGAGUUUGAAGGAGGUCAUCGAGAAGGAUCCCGAAUGGAUAUUGGGAUUCACGCUCGUGAUCGCGCACAAUGUGCCCAAGGGCGAGAUGGACGCUCUCAGCGCGCUUCUCUGGGCAGCGCGCGAGCGUGCGCCGGCGCUUAUCACCGUGCGCUCGGCGGGCUUCUUGGCCGAGUUUGGUAUCCAGUUCGAUCAGCAUGAUAUCAUCGAGAGCCACAGCGAAACAGCCCCAAGCCUGCGCCUCGACUCGCCCUUCCCACACCUACUCGACGCAGCCAAAGCAAUCGACUUUGAUGGCAUGGACGAGACAGAGCACGCUCACAUACCCUACGCACUCAUCCUCGUGCGCGCGAUGCACGACUGGAGAGCCUCCCAUGACGGUCAACCACCCAAAACAUACGCCGAGAAGAACGCGUUCAAAGAUGCAUUGGGCGCGAUGAAGAAGAAGCCGGAUGAGGAGAACUUCGAUGAGGCGCUUGCGCAGGCCUACCGGACAUGGGCACCGACGACUCUCCCGUCAUCCUUGACAUCGCUCUUUGAGAGUAUCCCCGACCCUUUGCCCGAAGGCGCAUCUCCCUUCACGCACCUCGUCGCAGCGCUAAAGAAGUUCGUCGCGUCCACCGGCGGCUUCUUGCCCGUAACCGCCAGCGUACCGGAUAUGAAAGCCGACACUACGAGCUUCGUUGCUCUGCAACGGCUGUACCGCGCACAGGCCGAACGCGAUGCUCAAACGUUCAAGACCUUCCUCGCACCAGGCGCACCCGUAACCGACGAAGUCGUUGCGCUCUUCCUCAAGAACGCGCAUGCCGUCCAACGUCUCAACGGUGUGCGAUGGGGCACGCUCGACCAGGAUAGGGCGAAGCUCGCCGAACUCCUCCAAAUAUUCCCACGCGAAACCGCCACCCACCUCGCGCUUUCAUCCCUAUGGAACUGGGCCUCCGCGCACCCGGCACCCGCAUCUGGCUCGCAGGAGAUCCGACCCAGCGCGGAGGAGAUCGAGACCCCCGUCCGCGGAAUGCUCACGCCCGACGCCGAGAUCCCCGAGACGGAAGUCAGCAAUGCUUGUGGCGAGAUUGCGCGCGCACCAACAGCAGACCUGCCCAACGUGGCCGCUUUCCUCGGCGGUCUAGUCGCACAGGAGGCCAUCAAGAUGAUCACGAAGCAGUACGUCCCCAUCGCGGGAGUAUGUGUUGCGGAUCUGGUUGAGACUUGGACUGGGGUGCUUGCUUGA